UAAAAAUGAAAAAUAAAUUAACAUACUUAUUAGGGUGGUCCAAUUCUUAUGGGUAAAAAAAAAAGUUUUUUUUUCUGAGCUCCACAACCAUAUUUUUGUUUCUUAGUCAAAAAUAAAUGUUCACGCCAUAAACUAGCCCAUUCUAAACAUAUUUAGAGGUCGCUAGGAUUUGUAAGUAAGAAGUAAUAGGAAUUUAUCAAUGGUUUUUAUUCUAGCGUAAUCAUUAACCGCCGAUAACGAACAGAUAAUAGCUGUGCAUAAUAACCAUGAGUAUUUUACAUUGUCCGUCAAAAAUGAAUUGUAUUUUCCUUUACUAUCUUAUUUUAUUUACAUUAUUGGUUGUCCAGUUAAAACUGAAAUGGUGCGACAUGAGUUAACAUUUCAAACCAUUUAUCGACAUUUUAUUUUGAACUGUUGUUGAGUCAACAUCGCUUGUUAUAAACACGUGAGUAUUUGAAACGUUACCUGCGGUUAUUAAUUAAUUUAAAAUACAUAUAUUAAUGAUUGUACUUUUUUAUUAUCACAUUUGAAAUAUUUAACACUUUGGUGUCCGUUGAAGCUAUUGACAUUUUUUUAACUAUUCUAAAGUUUUGUUUGAUAAUCAAAACAAAAUUAUUUUUGUGAAUUACCUACUAAAUUUUUAACUAUAGUUAUUACAAAAUAUUAUAUUAGAUUUUGUCUUAAAUAAUAUAAUGGCUUCCACCAGCAAUUUAAAAUCAACAAGAACAUCAGCUACCGUGUGGUUGAUUGGAAAACCUACAGAAACAUUUUCAUUUGCUAGACUUCCGUCAAAAGAGGAUGUACUAAGAUUUUUUCACUUUCACCACUUAGAAAAAAAACAAACUUUUAAAAAAAGUAUAAGGUCUACAGCGGAAUCCGUUUUGGAAGUUUGGGAAAAAGCAAGGAUACCUACUCAAAGAAUUGACUCAGUUGAAAGAAAACUAAGUAAACUGGUGGAUGAAUACUAUCUUUUAAAAAAGAACAGAAAAACAAAUCUUGAUAGUUGCCGUAUGAAAGAAUUGGUAUUUAAAGGAGACUUAGUUGAUAUUUUUGACAUAGCUGUUAAGGAUGCAUUAAAAAUAAUGAAAAAUGAAGAAGACAAAACAUUUUUAAUAAUGCAGAGAGAAGACAGAAUGAGCUGCAGUAUGGCAGGUGUAGACAAGCUGCAAGAAAAAAAAGAAUUUAGAAAACGAAAAAGAGAAGUAGAAGCUGAAACUAGAAGACAACAUAAUCAAGAAAAAACGCUAAUGAGCUUAGAAAUAGCAUCCGAUUCCGAAAUAAUGGAUUCUUGUAAAAGCAGCUCAAACUGUUCAUCGGGUGAUGAGUUUCAAGUUCCUUCUACUUCAACAAAUAUAAAAAAACCCACCAAUAUUAAAAGUGUAUUUACUGAGGAUGUUGUAGCAUCUAUUGACCGUGUAAACUUGUCUGAUCGGAAUGCAAUGUUUGUCGUUGGAUCAAUAGCUCAGGCUUUAGGAACCCCAAUAGCAGAUAUCUCUUUAUCACGUAGUACAAUACGUCGUAAAAGAAAUCAAAUUCGCAAAACUGUUGUGGAAACUGACAAAACAACAUCUUCUUUCGAGCAUCCUCUAGUUUUGCAUUGGGAUGGUAAACUGCUGCCUGACAUUGUUGGAGGGACGCAAAAAGUCGAUCGAGUGGCUGUGCUUGUCACUGGCGGUGGUUUAGAAAAGCUUUUAGCAGUUCCAAAGAUUGAUAGAGGCACGGGCAAAGAACAGGCUGAUGCUUGUCUCAAUGUUCUUGAAGAGUGGAAGUUAAAGGCCUACGUGCGAGGACUCUGCUUUGAUACUACAUCUUCUAACACGGGGUUGAAUUUGGGCGCAUGCUCUUUAAUCGAAAAGGCUAUAGCAUCUGAUAAAGAGCUUGUCUGGAUUGCUUGUAGACAUCACAUUUUUGAAGUUUUGCUUUCUACCGUCUUUAAGGAAGUGUUUGGACCAAGUGGGGGUCCACAUGUCAAUCUUUUCAAACGUUUUCAAAAACAAUGGCUGGGAAUAGAUAAACAAAAUUUUAAAGUUGGUGAUGAAAAUUUAUUUAACCAUGACAACCUGCUUCAACUCCGUCAAGACAUGCGUUCUUACUAUAUUGAUGCUAUUGAAACGCAACAGCCAAGAGACGACUACCUUGAAAUAAUAAACUUGUGCAGAAUUUUUCUCGGAAAGUCAGAAGAAAGUAAAGUUGGAUUUCGAACGCCAGGAGCCUUUCAUCAAGCCCGUUGGAUGGCAAAGGCAAUCUAUUGCCUAAAAAUAUACAUGUUUCAAGAUCAGUUCGAACUCACUGCAGCAGAGAAAAAAGGUGUCACGGAAAUAAGUCUAUUUGUAAGUCUACUGUAUUGUCGUUGCUGAAAUGAAGCCCCAAUAGCCGAAAGAGCUCCCCUUAAUGAUGCCGAUUUGAUUGGACUGAUAAAAGAUUACCCUAAUCGGAAGAUAAGUAUUGCCGCAUCUAAAGCAUUUUUUCGUCACCUUUGGUAUUUUUCAGAACAUUUAGUUGGACUUUCUUUUUUUGAUUCUCGUGUCAGUACUGAGUCUAAAAGAGAAAUGGUAAAAAAUCUUCAACGACCUUCCAAGGGAAAUGCAUUGAAAAGACUUGAUGGCAAAACGUUCAAUCACCAGGAUCCACUAGAGUCGUUUAUCACACAACGCACAACGGUUUUAUUUGAUUUGUUAAUUAAUAACGGUCGAGAAAAAGCAGCUUCAUUUUUGGCGAAAGAUCCAUCAGAGUGGCCGACAGAUUUGGUCUAUAUUGAAAUGCUAGAAAAAGUUCGCCAAAUGAAAGUUGUUAAUGAUUGCGCAGAGCGUGGGAUUGCACUGAUUCAAAAGUUCAACAAUAACAUAACGAAAAAUGAGGAGCAAAAACAAUAUCUUCUCCGAUUAGUAGAUCUCCAUAGAAAACGAUAUCCUUCUGCAUCAAAAUCUAGCAUUAUGAAAAUGACUCUAGGUAAUUAAAAACUAAGAAACAUAAAUUUUAACAAAUAUAUAUGUAUAAUAUUGUAGCAUAAUGUUUUGUUUUAUUUUUAAAAGUUGAAUAAAUUUUCAAGAAAAUAGUUUUUAUUUAUUUACUAUAACUUUAUGCAUAAAAGUGAUAAAUCCUAGC